AUGAUCACGUGCAUGCAUGCACUAAAUUUCGACCUUCUCUCUCCACUCUCUCUCAUCAUGGCUUCUGCUGCAGUCGAUACUCCUAUGGCUACCGAAGAAGAGCGUGCUGUCAAGCAGUUCGAGUUCUACUUUAGCGAUGCCAACUUGCCAUACGACAAGUUUAUGUGGAAGCUUCACACCCAGACCGAGGAUCACUGGAUCCCAAUUGCAACCAUUGCCUCGUUCAAGCGCAUGAGGGAAUUUGAACCCAAAGGAGCUGAAUGGCUCCUCUCUGCUCUACGCUCUUCUUCUAGCCUCCUUGAAAUCGACGAAACUGGCACCAAGGCCCGAAGAGCUCAUGAGCUUGUUGAGCCCAAGGACCAGUUCGAAAGGUCCGUCUAUGCGAAAGGGUUCCCGGACGAGACGCCUGACCUACAGGUCCGACUCGAAAAGUUCUUUAGCCAGUUUGGCAAGGUGAAUGCAGUCAGGAUGCGUAGGACUGAGCAAAAGGUGUUCAAGAACUCCGUUUUCGUCGAAUUCGACGACUUUUCAUCCGUCAAAGCUUUCCUCGAAGCAGACCCCAAGCCAACUUUUGAAGGAGCCGAGCUCGUGACCAUGUCCAAAGAAGCCUACUGCACAAUGAAAAUAAAAGAAAAGGGCCUCGACAAAAAAGGCGUCACAGCUCGCACGCAUUCGGGUACCGGCGGAGCAGGCGGCCGAAAGCAGUUUGACGCAUUCCAGAAUCUCAACGGAGGCAAGAAGGAAAAAGAAGCUGUGACGGUCAAGUUCCAGGGUAAAGUGUACACUUUGGAUGGGGAAGGAAAAAUCAAUGUCCCCGUCGAGGAGUUUGAGUUUGAAAAGGGCUCUGCGAUCAAGUUUACUGGCGCUGGGUCGGAGGACGCCAAGUUUGGUGAGAUCAAGAGCCCCUUGAAAGAAAAGUUUACUCCUUUGCCGUUUAUUAAAAUGGACAAGGGCGCGACCGAGGGUGUCUUUGGAUUCGGAAAGACGCUGAGCGAAGAGGAGAUUGCAUUCCUGAAAGAAAAAGUCCCAAAGAUUGGAGGUGGAGAGGUCACUUGGGAGCUUCUUUCCGGUACGGUCCAUCUCCCCCGUUUCUUCCCACAGUAUGAUUCACACGAACUAUCUUUCAGAGGAAGACGAACGCACGUUCCACUACUGGCGUCUCCAAGACCAGCCAAGCGUGCCCAUGCAGACGCCCAGCAAAAGGGCAACCAGAAAGGCGGUCGAGGCGGGAACAGGGACAAGGGCGGUCGACCCAAUAACAGGGGCAGGAACGACCGCGACUCGAAACCUAGAUCCAGGGGCGCAGACUCCAAACCGAGGUCCAAAGCCGAGGAUGCAACAGCCAAAGAUGAACCGGUCGAGGCGCUCAAGGCUGGCAAGACCCGUGGGGAGGUGGAACCGAGCGGGGAGAGCGCCGGACAGGGCAUUCGCGGCGCUAGUAUCCCGAGCGUCGCUUCGACCGGCGCAAAGCGAAAGGCCGAGGGCGAGGGCGAGAGCCCGAAAAGAAAGCCAAAGUUGAAGAGUAAGGCAACUAGUAAAAAAAAAUAA